UUUCAUUACGGAGACCGAGUUGGACAGUGAACAGUUUGCAUGGAAAUUGUAUUUUUCUGGUUUAUGUCCAUAUAAGUUACAAUGGCGGAUAUUUCGGGACUGGAUCAGGAACUAAAAUAUCUUGUGGUGGAUCAGAAGAAAAAUUUCGUAGACCAGACAGAAUGGGCGGCCAAAAAAUUGGUAUGGGUCCCCCAUGACAGCCAGGGGUUUUGCUCUGCGAGCAUUAUCAGAGAAGACGGUGACGAAUAUGAAGUGGAAAUUGAAGAAACAAAUAAGAGAAUUAAAGUUCUCAAAGAGGAAAUCCAGAAAAUGAAUCCUCCCAAAUACACCAAAGUGGAGGAUAUGGCUGAACUCGUCUGCCUGAACGACGCCUCUGUACUGUACAAUAUAAAGGACCGUUAUUACUCGGAUUUAAUUUACGUAAGUUUUUAGGAAAGAAAAACCCACAUCAUGUACAUUUGCAUUGAUAACAUAUCUGAUCAAGGUUGUUGCAUUCUCGAAAAAACAAAUUGGUCUUAACUUCCGUAGUGAUAUGAUUCUAAAACAUCCUAAAUCUGUAGAUCCCCACUGCGUGCUUUAACUUUCUAAUUCUAUUCACAAAUCCUUACUUCUAAUAUAUUUAAUUCUGAUUUUUUUUUUAUUAAGAGUGUUACUUCUGAUUAUAAAUAUCUAGUUUUAACUAUAAAAUUGAAUCUUCUAUUUUUUUAAGGAUUAUUCUUAGUAUUCUCAGUUUGUUAUACGCGAUUGUUCCCCAUUCGUGCGGCGAAACGUCCAGCUCGUCCAUAAUCUUACAGAGGGAGCUCCUCCACACGAAUACCAUACAUUCUGUCUGUCCUACUUACGUCCGGUCCGGAUCAAAGUGUUAUCUAAAUAUAAACGUUCAUCUUAUUGCAAAGAAGUUACGAACAAUCUGAAGAGGUGUGGGUGGUUUUUUUUUAUUUGUUUGAUUAUUUUUGUUUUGUUUGUUUGGUUCUUCUAAAUUUGUUUCACGUCCCGUUGAGAAAUUAUCACUCAUACUGAGCCGUCACCAGCCGUGUGUGAAGUACCAGGUGUGAUUUUUUUUUUAUUCGAAUGUUAUUGAAAUCAGAAGCAACAAUAUAAUAAUAGAUUAGAAAUUUAAAUUACACAGCUGUAUUCAGAUAUUAGUAUUUUGAACUCUUUGGUUUUUAUAGAAUUUUUAAUAAUCUGGCUUUCCAUACAGUUUUUAAGGUUACAUUUAACAAUUACCUGUUCCUUGUCGUACUCUCGCGGAAUCUUUUUCCCCGGAAAACUCGCAGUAUUUCUCUUAACUAUAAAUAGAUAAAUUUCAUGCUAUUGAAAUUACAUCGAAAUUCCAGAGAAUUGUGAACUUAGGUUGUAUUUUCCUGUCCAAAUAACAGUUUAAAGUCCACAAGAUAAUUGCUAAAACUUUCUGUAAUAACAGUAACAUGUAUGUGUUAUAUAUGUGUCUCUGGCAAAAAGCUUCGCCUAUAAACUUAAAUAUUUUCAUUUCAUGUGAUUUUGCUAUGAAAUACUUAAACAUUAAACACGCAGUAAAAUCAUAAUGCCUGAUGUGGGUAAAAUACAAUACGAAAUCGAAACAAACUAACGAAGUUUACCGAAAUGAAUGAACCGUGCAUACACGAUACCCUUAAUCAGCCUUUCUUCAAAUGUUGUGCACUUAGUGCACUUAUAUAUUCUGGAUGAGUGACCAAGUUAAAUUUUUGGGGACUGGAGGAGGGGGGGGGGGGGUCGUUUUCUAAUAGCUAUAAAGUCGCGAUUGACCUACAUUUUUCAGAAGAGUGUCAUUAAAUUCACAUUCCACAUAACUAUACAUUAAUUGGACAAUGCUGAAAUUCACCACCAGGACGCGGUUAUUACUGUCUCAAUGACAUAGGACGUGAUGGGAUAAAACAGCUUAUACUAUAGUAUAUAAUCAGGCUUCGGAUGCUGAAAUUGGCCUUUAUUUCUUGAAGGCAAUUUCAAUCUCAAGUAACUGACAGAUAGCUUUCAUUGCUUUGGCUACGAGCCUACGACACUUACAAAUAUUUGAAAUAUAUGCUGCAGUUUACCUAUAAUUUCGGGCGAAUGACCAUAUGUAAAAUUCUAGGGACUGGUUCAAUUCUUCGUACUCAUAUAUACAUGCAUAUAACUGCGGGGAUACAAUCAACCACACUUGCAUGCUUUAUAUAUGCCACAUUUGACAUACUGGUUGAGUGACUAAAUUGAAUUUGGGAGGAUAGAAUAUUUGUCAUGGUAUAUUCAUUCAGAUGCGGGGGUUUCGGAUGAGACCUCAAAAACCGAGGUCCCUUGUCACAGCAGGCUUGGCACGAUAAAAGCCCUCAAUGCGCUCUGUAUAGGUUUAAGUUUAGGGCACCUCACCUGAGUGAAAAAGUUGUCGAAGGUGAUCGAACAACUUUAUCUUGCUUUUCUUGUAUAUUGUCUUUCAAUUCGACAAAUGCCAGCCAGUGUUUUCUCAAAAAAGGAGAGAAAAAAAUACUCGCAAGGGAAAUAAAUGUAUUUUUUUAGUCAUCUAAAGAUAUACGCGACGUUUCUCAAUAACAUGUAAUUAUUCGUGACAUUCCACGUACAAUUCACGUGCGUUCUGCCUUGUUUCCACAAAAGAUCUUGGGGUAUAUCACCAUGUCUGUUUUAGAGCUUAUUUGCUGCAGGUAAAAAAUGUAAACCCUGCUUUUACGUAUCACAGUUAAUUUUAUAAAUGGACACUACUGUAGUAAAGAAGGAGAGAGAAAAUCUUUGGAACAAUUAGGUAUCGAACCCGGGACCCCUGUAUCACUACAUGUAGUUACAUCAACCACUGAGCUACCCAGGCCGAAAUACAUACAAGGGUAAAGUUACUACAGACAAUAUAAAAUUUUCAGUCUAUUUGGAAAAUCAUACAAGAACUCUGCCUGAAGAAAAUGUCAGAAAUGUCGUGUGGUGAUUGUCUGUCUGGGGGAAACUUUUCACAUUUUCAUCUUCUCACAAACCAUUUAGAAAAUAUCAACGGAACUGACACAGAGCUUCUUUUUGGUAAAGGGGAUUCAAGUUUGCUCAAAUGAAGGGCAACACCCCAAUCCAAGAGGGUGAGGUGAAUAAGACGAGGGGGGGGGGGAGUGUGUGUUAAAAUUCUUAUAAAUGAAGAGCCGCUUGUAUUCUAGUUAUAUAUAAAUAUAUGGAAGUAUCUUAUGCAUGUAGUUAGAUUCACGUUUGUUCAGAUGGUGACCCCCGGGGUCAGCAUGAGGCCACAAUAAGGGUUCGCCGAUAUACAUGGGAGUAUAAAGGAAAUGUCUUUAAUAAGUUUGACAUUCUCGUAUUCUGUAAAUUGAAGUUUGUUUAAAUGAUGGUCCCGCGGGGCCAGCAUGGGGUCACAAUGAGGAUAGGAAUGCAUGUACAUAUAGGGGGAAUCUUUAAAGUAUCACACCCCCCCCCCCUGAAUCACCCGCUAAAAGUUAUAUAGAAUCAUUCUCACAAAGAGUAGAUUCAAGUUUGUUUAAAGAGCGGUCUUCCGGGUAACAUGGGACCACUGUGGGUGUGUGAAGCUUUUCAUAGAAAUACCAAGGAGUGUGUUAAAUUAAUGUAAUAAAUGUAGCCUCUUAGCUUAAAGUAUCAAAAUAAUUGUAUAUUUCAAAAUCCUCUUCACCGCCUCGUCUAGAAGGACUAAACACAACUGGAAGCAUCCUCAUAUAGUAUAUAUUCAUUUAAGAAAACUCACUUCGUGUUACAGGUGCCCAAGUGUCUUAUCCUCUGAAUAUUUUAGGGGCACCCCCCCCCAUUGCGCCAGCUAGUGUAUCCGUACGUAGAGUAGGAUCAAAUGAUCAAACCAUGGCUUAUGUGACCAGGGUGGGUCAUCGCAGUUUUACACAGGAAUAUAAAAAAAAUCUUUAAAUGUCUUCUUUCUCGAAAACAUAAGAGGCUUUCGUAUAAUCUAUUGAAUUGAUAAACAUGCCAGCUUUCUCGUUUAGGUAUAGAACCAAAUUUCUUCAUUCAUGACCCCUGGGGCCGAAUUAAAUGGGUCUACAAAUGGGGAUUAAAUAUCCACAGCAAAGUUUUCGAAAAUUUGUAUUUUGCAUACUGGUCCGUUAGAUAGUUUUAAAAAAUGCACCGCGACAUGAAUACCGGUUCAAAGACUUCAGGGUCUAGGGCGGGACUACAAUUGGGGUUUCAAAGACAAGGGUACGUAAGUACUACGAGUACAUGAUGUUUCAAACGUCAGGAAACAACAGACACAUUACCACAGUACAAUGUAUUAUUAUUUAAAUUUACUGUAGAGUUUAUAUGGCAUCUAUUAUAAUAAAUAAUUUAAAUAAUAACCCUCUAAGAUACCGUAUUGGCCUAUAGAUAAGAUAAGAUAAGUUUAUUCCAAUUUUGGGCCCAGAGGGAAUAACAGUAAGACAGUUUAUAAAGAAGGAAAUUCAAAAAAGAAAGAAAGUUUACAACAUUAACUACAGGUUACAUAGACUGCAAACUGCAUGUGGAUGCAGCAUGUUGGGGAAACAAGUACAUAUAACAUAUAUGAAUUGCUAAUCAUGUGUAUACACAAGUAAAUGGACAGUAUCAGUAUUAUACCAACAUAUGAAUAAUAAAGUAUAAUGAUUUUUGCAGUUUUAAAGCAUCACUUCUUUUUCUGAAAGUCUGCACUAAAUAUUCACUCAAUUUGACAAUUACUGUUUUGUCUUCAUUAAUCAUCAACCAAGUAAAUUUGUCCUUAUUUGUUAGAUAGAUAAAAUUUUUGUUGAGCUUGUAUAUACCAUUAAAAAACAUAUUUCUCUCUUCAACAUAGAAUGGACAAUCAGUAAGGAAAUGAAAUUCAUCUGCUACACAAUUAAGGUUACAUAAUUCUACAAAGUACAGGUGAUACAAUUCUCUAUAUAAUAGGCCUAUUCCAAGUAAAUAUACACGUAUCUUGGAGAAAGGUAAAUGGGACAAUUUUGAAAAAAAAAAACACACCCCAAAACCAACCAAACCAAACAUCUUAAAUGAUGUGUACUAAAUGUAUGCUCUUUUACCGAGUACCUCGUUAAAUGUCUUCGAGCGGAAGUUCUAGGAGUGACUAUGAGUCAGUUGAUGGGUUACACUGUCCUAAAUGGCAGAAUAGAACUUAAGACAUAAUUCUGUUUUUUGGGGGGGAUAGGCCUAGUUGUUUUUAAAUCAUAAGUGCUUAAAUUGCCCUCCACAAAAUUUGAUUACGAAGUGAAAAUUAUUUAUACUAUAAGAAUAUCACUUCGGUCAAAUGCCAUCAUAUAUUACAAAACAGUAAGUUAUUUCCGGAAUGACAGAUAUUUCCUUCACCGAACCCAGCUUCGUCACGUGACCCCUGAUAGUGCCGUGUAUUUCGAGCGGGCGGGGACCCGGUGACAAAUUUUGAAUGAAUCAGCAGAGGUGAACAUCGAACUUCCAUUUUUCUUGGAUCGCUGUGGCAUCUGAGAUUUUUCGGCUUAUAGGGAUUUUUAAAAUAUUGUGAUUCAGUGGAGGCACUUCAUAUUAUUACAAGACUAAACUCUAGAAGUUAUCGAGUAUUUUUUUUGGCUUCAAAAUGGCGGACGAUCCGUAUGCAGGUGUAAGCGCACAAGAACUGCAAUAUUUAGCAGUGGACAGAAACAAAAUUAAUGAUCCCAUGGUACAAGCAGAAUGGGCUUCAAAGAAACUCAUUUGGAUACCUCAUGAAAUGCAUGGUUUUUGUGCUGCAUGUAUUGUAAGCGAUCAUGGGGACGAGAUUGAAGUUGUGGUAGAAGAAACCGGAAAACGUGUGAGAGUUCACAGGGACGAUUGCCAGAAGAUGAAUCCUCCUAAAUUUAAUAAAGUAGAAGAUAUGGCAGAACUUACUUGUCUAAAUGAAGCAUCUGUUUUACACAAUUUGAAAGACCGAUAUUUUUCAGGUUUAAUAUAUACAUACUCCGGCUUGUUUUGUGUGGUAGUGAAUCCUUACAAGAGACUACCAAUAUACACAGAGAAAGUUGUAGACCUUUACAAAGGAAAAAAAAGACAUGAAGUCCCUCCACAUGUAUUUGCAAUCACAGACACAGCCUACAGGAGUAUGCUGCAAGAUCGGGAGGACCAGUCUAUUCUUUGCACUGGAGAAUCAGGGGCUGGAAAAACAGAAAACACCAAGAAAGUGAUCCAAUACUUGGCUCAUGUUGCUGCCUCCAAUAGAUCCAAUCGCUCAUCCGUGUCCAACCUGCAUGUCACGCCGCAUAUCGUUCAGCAGAGCAAAGACAUCAAUCUUGGAGAAUUGGAGAAUCAGCUGCUGCAGGCCAAUCCUAUUUUGGAGGCCUUUGGAAAUGCCAAGACCAUCAAGAAUGACAACUCAUCUAGAUUUGGAAAGUUCAUCAGAAUUAACUUUGAUUCCUCAGGAUACAUAUCAGGAGCCAACAUAGAAACAUAUCUUUUAGAAAAGUCAAGGGCUGUUAGACAAGCAGAUCAGGAAAGAUGUUUUCAUAUUUUCUACCAGUUAUUUACUGGGGCCUCUGCAGAACAGAAGAAGGAUUUCCUUUUGGAUGAUAUCAGAAACUACCGCUUUUUAUCGGGAGGCAAAAUUCCUCUGACUGGGGUAGAUGAUGGUACAGAAUUUCGAUCCACUGCAGAAGCCAUGACUAUUAUGGGCAUUGGUCCGGAGGAGCAAUCUUCCAUUUUGAGAGUAGUGUCGGCUGUGCUCAUGUUUGGAAAUAUGCAGUUUAAGCAGGAAAGCAGAAAUUCGGACCAAGCUUCUCUGCCUGAUGAUACUGUUGCACAAAAAGCUUGCCACUUACUUGGUCUACCAGUGACUUCCAUUGUGCAAGCUUUCCUCAGACCAAAAAUUAAGGUUGGCAGAGACCAAGUCACCAAGGCACAGACCAAAGAACAGGUUGAGUUUGCAGUGGAGGCAAUGUCAAAAGCAUUGUAUGAGAGAAUGUUCAGGUGGCUAGUGACGAGAAUCAACAGAUCUUUGGACAGAACCAAGCGACAGGGAGCCUCCUUCAUAGGAAUUUUGGAUAUAGCUGGAUUUGAAAUAUUUAAGUCAAAUGAGGGCAAGAUGAACUCCUUUGAGCAACUGUGUAUUAAUUACACCAAUGAGAAAUUGCAACAGCUGUUUAAUCACACAAUGUUUAUCCUGGAACAAGAAGAAUACCAGAGAGAGGGCAUUGAGUGGAAGUUUAUUGAUUUUGGACUGGAUCUUCAGCCCACCAUUGAUCUUCUAGAAAAACCCCUGGGUAUCCUAGCACUGCUGGACGAGGAAUGCUGGUUCCCAAAGGCCACAGACAAAACAUUCAUUGACAAAGUCGUGGCACAACAUUCCACACAUCCCAAGUUCAGAAAACCAGAUUUCAGAGCUGAUGCUGAUUUCAGCCUCAUUCAUUAUGCCGGCCAGGUGGAUUACUCUGCUAGUCAAUGGUUAAUGAAGAAUAUGGAUCCACUGAACGAAAAUGUGGUGUCUCUAAUGCAGAAUUCCUCGGAUCCAUUUGUCUCAGCAAUAUGGAAAGAUGCUGAAAUUGUUGGUAUGGGAGCCACUGCUGGUGGAGACACUAUGUUUGGAUCUCGAACAAGAAAGGGAAUGUUUAGGACUGUUGGUCAAUUGUACAAGGAACAGUUAGCCAAACUGAUGGCCACGCUACGCAACACCAACCCCAACUUUGUGAGAUGUAUCAUUCCAAAUCAUGAGAAAAAGGCUGGCAAGAUUGAUUCUCCCCUGGUGCUGGAGCAGCUAAGAUGUAAUGGUGUACUGGAAGGAAUUAGGAUCUGUAGACAAGGCUUCCCCAACAGAAUUCUCUUUCAAGAGUUCCGUCAGAGAUAUGAAAUUCUCUGUCCAAAUUGCAUUCCUAAGGGAUUCAUGGAUGGAAAGAAGGCUGUAGAAAGAAUGAUUGCAGCCUUGGAACUGGAUCCAAACCUGUACCGCAUCGGUCAGAGUAAGAUAUUUUUCCGAGCUGGUGUACUUGCUCAUCUGGAGGAGGAGAGAGAUCUCAAAUUAACAGAUAUCAUUAUACAGUUCCAGUCUCUGUGCAGAGGAUUAAUAGCCAGGAGAAAUUACCAGAGGCGAUUACAGCAGCUUAGUGCAAUCAGAGUUAUUCAGAGAAAUUGUGCAGCCUACCUUAAACUCCGGAACUGGGCAUGGUGGAGAUUGUUCACAAAGGUGAAGCCGCUUUUGCCUGUCACUGGGCAAGAAGAGAAGAUCUCUCAAAAAGAAAAAGAAGUGGAGAAAUAUAAGGAAAACUUUGAGAAGCAGAAAGCUGAUUAUGAGGAGAUAGAGCGUAGAUAUGCUCAAAUUAUUGAAGAGAAGUCUAUACUGGCCGAGCAGGUUCAGGCUAGUGAAGAAUUGGCAGCAGAGGCAGAGGAGGGUCAACGACGUAUAGCAGCAAAGAAGGAUGAAUUAGAAGAAAUUCUCCAUGAAAUGGAGAUUCGAAUUGAAGAGGAGGAGGAUAAAUGCAAUCAACUAAUGGAUGAUCGCAAGAAAUUCCAACAAACCGUUGCAGAUUUAGAAGAUCAAUUAGAAGAUGAAGAACAAGCUAGACAGAAAUUGCAGUUGGAAAAAGUUUCAGCGGAGUCUAAAAUAAAGAAGUUAGAGGAAGAUAUGGCUGUUCAGGAUGACACUAAUCAGAAAUUAAGUAAAGACAAACGCAUCUUGGAAGAACGAUAUAAUGAAGUUCAGAGUCAGCUUGUUGAGGAGGAAGAAAAAGCUAAACAACUGGGAAAACUGAAAAAUAAAUAUGAAGCCAUUAUUGCUGAUUUAGAAGAGCGCUUAAGAAAAGAGACACAGGCUCGACAAGAAUUGGAAAAGAUAAAAAGACGUCUAGAGACUGAGCUAAAUGACUUGCGAGAACAACUACUGGAGAAGAGACAGCAAGUAGAAGAACUCCAGGGUAUCUUAUCCAAACGAGAGGAAGAAGUGCAGUUCACACUUCAGAAAGUUGAAGAGGAAGGAGCUGCAAAGAGUACAUUCCAGAAACAGUUAAGAGAUCUUCAGACGCAAAUGCAAGAGUUACAAGAGGAUUUGGAUGCCGAGAAGGAAUCGAGAAAUAAGGCGGAGAAACUGAAAAGAGAUCUGAAUGAGGAACUGGAGGCUCUUAAGACUGAGUUAGAGGAGAACCUUGAUGCCACAGCAGCUGUCCAAGACAUCCGGGCUAAGAGAGAGGAUGAACUCCGAGAUCUCAAGCAAGCUCUGCAAUCCAGUCAGAAACAGCAUGAAGCCAGUGCACAUGACUUGAAGCAUAAAUACCAACACCAGAUCGAUCAAUUAAAUGAAGACUUGGACAAUGUUAAAAAGAAUAAACAAACAUUGGAGAAGGCAAAGCAGACACUGGAGGCAGAGAAUCAAGAUUUAUGUAAUGAUCUUAAAUCUGUACAAAUGGCCAAAACAGAAUCUGAAAGGAAGCGUAAGCAAGUUGAACAACAACACCAAGAAGCAGUUAUUAAACUACAGGAAACAGAACGCAGCAGGGGAGAUUCAUCUGAUAAGGCAUCAAAACUUAGUGUUGAAUUGGACAAUGUUAGUAAACAACUUGAGCAAGUUGAAACUAAAAACAUACAACUGAGCCAGAAACUCAGCUCCCUAGAUGCUCAGCUUGUUGAUGCACAGGAACUGGCAAGUGACGAGACCAAAGCUAAGUUGUUGGCUCAAUCUAAACUCCGCCAAGCUACUGAUGAUAUUUCUGGUCUGAAUGAGCGAAUUGAGGAAGAAGAAGAAAAUAAGAGGCAGUUGGAAAAACAAGUAGCAGAGCUGCAAGUCAAGUUUGGUGAGCUGAAGAAGAAAUCGGAGGAGGAUGCACACCAUGUGGAGAACUCUGAGGAGCAGAGAAGGAAGCUGAUGAGGGAAGUGGAGGCCCUGACUGGGAAGCUAGAGGAGGCCAGAGCUUCAGCAGACAAAUUUGAAAAAUCCAAGAAAAAACUACAGGCAGAGGUUGAAGAUUUAACAGUCGAGUUGGAGACACAGAAGUCAGCAACAUCUAAUAUGGAUAAAAAACAAAAGAAAUUUGAUCAAAUGCUGUCUGAUGAAAAGGCUGUUUCACAAAGACUUGCUACGGAACGUGAUAAUGUGGAAAGAGAGGCUCGUGAGAAAGAGACCAAGAUCAUGAACCUGCAGAGGGAACUCGAGGAAAUGAGAGACAUGUACGAGAAGGCUGAUAAAGGACGAUUGGCAUCUCAGCGUGAGCUCGAGGAUCUCGUGUCUACCAGCUCAGACGUAGGAAAGAAUGUUCAUGAUUUGGAGAAGGCCAAGAGGACACUAGAGAGUCAGGUCGAGGAACAGAGAAAUACAAUUGAGGAGCUGGAGGAUGAGCUACAGUGUUCAGAGGAUGCCAAGCUGAGAUUGGAAGUGAACAUGCAAGCACUGAAGACUCAAUUGGAGAGAGAGCUCCAGGGCAAGGAGGAGGCAGUGGAGGACCAGAAAAAACUUCUCCUUCGGCAGCUUAGAGAUAUGGAAGCUGAACUUGAGGAUGAAAGGAAGCAGAAGGCAAUAGCAGUAAAUGGACGCAAGAAACUAGAAAAUGACAUGAAAGACUAUAUGCAGCAAGUAGAAAUGGCAAACAAGGUGAAAGAAGAUGCUGUAAAACAGCUCCGUCGCAUUCAGGCACAAAUGAAAGAAAACCAGCGAGAAUUAGAUGAAGCACGAAUAACCAAAGAGGAAAUGCAAGUUUCAGUGAAGGAAAAUGAGCGCAAAAUAAAAUCUCUGGAUGCAGACAUUCUGCAGCUUCAGGAGGAUCUGGCAGCAGCUGAGAAAGCCAAACGCAAUGCUGAGGCAGAGAGAGAUGAACUCCAGGAUGAACUCAGUAGUAACACCACUGGAAAAUCAGCUUUGUUGGAGGAGAAGAGACGCAUGGAUGCUAGGCUCCAACAACUUGAGGAAGAACUUGAGGAAGAGCAAAGCAAUAGUGAAAUGUUGAACGAUAAAGCACGCAAAGCAUUGAACCAGGUAGAACAGCUCAACACCGAACUCAACACUGAGAGGUCCCUUACUCAGAAGAUGGAGAAUCAACGAUCAACACUGGAGAGGCAGAACAAAGAUUUGAAAGAAAAACUAGCUGAACUUGAGAACCAGAUCCGAACUCGCACCAAGGCCACCAUCGCUGCCCUGGAGGGCAAGGUUUCUAAUCUUGAGGAGCAGCUUGAUGUAGAGACCAAGGAAAGAACUCAGCUGCAGAGAAUGCUUAGAAGACAAGAUAAGAAACUGAAAGACCUCGCCAUUCAAGCAGAAGAUGAACGACGCCACGCUGAUCAAUACAAAGAACAGGUUGACAAGAUGAACAAUCGUGUGAAGGCUCUAAAGAGACAGAUAGAUGAGGCAGAAGAGGAAAUCACUCGUGUUAAUGCACAGAAAAGAAAACUGCAACGAGAUCUGGAUGAACAGAUGGAACAGAACGAGUCAGCCUCCAGGGAGAUUUCAUCCCUGAAGAAGUACAGUAGUUACCAACAUCAGCAGACCACCGAUUCUGACUGGUAAGUAAAGAUGAGGACAGCAUGCUUCCAGCUGUAAUCUUCAAAUUAGUCCGCCUCUUACUCCACAACUUUAGUGUUACACUGUAUAUAUAUGUACAGGUUCACCCAGAGUAUCUCCAGCAUCAAUCAUACGUCAAUCAUCUUUUUAUUUUCUUUCAGAGAUGCCUAGUAAGAAACAUUUAUUGCUGUAUAUCAUUCUUUGAUCACUAAUUGGGUCACUAAAGGUUUAAAUGAUGUUUAGCUUCCUGCAUGACUAAGUCAAGUUUGUCAGAAAUAUAGUAAUUUUGCCAAAGAUCUAUUCAGUGUUAAAUCUCAGAACUCUGCAUACAUGUAGCUUAUUAAAUGACUUCAUAAUAUUGUAACAUCUUUGCUCCUUGGGCCUUGUCUAAAAAUUUGGAUGCAUGUAGCUUUCCUUGCUGAUACUUGUCCUUGCCCUAAUGAACUACAUUAUUACUGUAAAGCCUUUAAUCAAGUUCUGCCCACUGAAUACAGUGCAUUGUUGAUUUCAGCUAUUAGUGGGCAUUUUUUCUUUUGCUUUACACGAUUGUAAGGCAACUUUGUAGUGACAUGUAUGUUCAGUAAAUUGUAAAACCUUUACAAUUAUUAUGCAUUUUACAUAAAACCAUUUCUGUAGUAAAGAUUUGGAUGAUUGGUUUUUUACAGACCCAGUGCUACAGCUCGACCAGCACGUUCCAUGUUGUCAUCAAUCAAGACGGAUCUGGGUGAAGAUGAUAUAAGCGCCGACGAGAAUCCAGAAAACUCGGAGGUCUAGUGUUCUGUGUACUGACUGAUGCAUCAUUAGUCUUCCUCUCUAUAUCACACCAUACCUUUCUCUUCUACUGUGUAUACUUGAUGGACGUACACCAAUAUGUAGUAGUGGCUGUAUAUAAUCUCUGUUAUUGUAUUUUGUUGCCUAGUAAUGUUACAUAGUAAAUGAUAAAUAUGGGAACAGUUUUUUUCUUCUUCAUUUUUUUUAAAAACAUAUUUUUAAGAAGCAUUUUUAAUCUUUAUCAGAAAUUUCAUAGGCAUGAUAAAUUUCCAAGAGUUCAUCAGUUUUUGUGCAAACGUUAUCACUUUUUUGUAUGUUCAAUGCUAUUGCAACUUGCUGCCGUGUAAUCUCAGAUGCUAGGAACCAGUAAGGGGAUGUCUGUUAUUCAUUUUUAUUGCAACAAUGUUAAUAGAAAUGCGAGGACCAAAUGUUAUUCAUGGAUAUGGUUAUGAUUUAGUGAAUGUGUCAUGAACAAAUUUUUUCUUCAUUUUUUUUUUGGUCGUUUUCAGUUUUGUUCAAGUUAAAUUGUCUUUACCUAUGUGCUUGACAAAUUCCAUUGGCUUCUUGUAUAACAAUGUGAUAUUUAUGUAAACAUGGAUCUUUAUCGUCCGUGUCUUCCUUUUUUGCAUUUAGUAUAUUUUUACAUAACUGUGAUGGGAAUUUGCCUUUUAAUUAACAAGUAAUUUUCUCCUAAUAACAUGAAAUAUACUAGGACUAUGCAUAUACUAUUAGUUUUGAAAAUUAACUGAGUUCUUGCAAAAUUGAUAAAUAACAAAAAUUUACGAAAUUGAAGAACUUUCAUGAAAAUUGAAAUUUAAGAUGUCAUAUGCUUAUAGCUAGCUAUUAAAAUAUAUUAUUAAAGUUAUGGUGAAAGCUUUGCUAUAUGGAAGCAUUAAAAUAAAUAAAAUAUUACCAACCA